CCUGUUCGAACGGUGAGUGAGUAUGAGAAAGGCCUGUAACUUUCUAAUAAUGGUGUAUUAAGUGCUAUGGGACUGUGAUUUAUUUCUUCUUACAAACAAUCACUUCAAUCACAUCCCAGAUGUUGUUUUGUUUUGUUUUGUUUUGUUUUGUUUUGUUUCGUCUUGUCUUCUGUUCAUUGUCUAUUUACAGAUAUCGGAAUGCCAAAUUGAAAGCUGAAGCUUUCUAAACCUCUCACUCUUUUGUCCUACCGUCAUUACAUUUUCGAGAUUUUAGAUCCCCGUGAAACGGAGCUUGAAUCAUUUACACUCUUUUGACCUUUGAAAUAUUCAGAGAAGGCUCACGGCUCAUUCCUUUGUGUGGCUUUGAAUAUUUGGAUUUGGCCGGACUAGUCUCCAGUCUCAUUCACUUUCAUACUCCAUAUAACUCCUCCCCGUCAAUACCAAAAGACACACGACCCUCAAAAUCAAAAUACAACCCUAUCGAUCUGUAAACCGAUCGCAUAAAAGUCUACUUCCAGAUCUUCCUGGUUUGAUCAAAAUAUAUUCCUCACCACUUCACCGCCUCAGCGAACCUCCUCGGUCCACGAUCUUUAUACUAGGCUUCCAUCUAGCAUUACAAAAUGGGAGGCAAACCACGCAAUUUCGGAGUGAGGGAGCAUCGUCCCUCACCAUUGAAACAAGAGGUCUCGCAAAGACCCAUAUCGAUGCAAUCCAGUAGCAUGGGUUUAGUAAGAGAUCCGAUGUUCUGGAAAAGGUUCUCGACAGCGGUACAUAUGUCGGAAGUGGAUCUAAAGGAGUUAGAGAGUGGGUAUGCUAGUGAGAGCGUGGGGAGAAGGAAGGAUCCUUAUGGGUAGGUGGUUCUUUGUUCUUUUUGUUCUGGGUUGUCUGGUGGGGACUGUGGAGAAGGUAGAUGGAAUGGAGGGACGGAUGGAUAUUGGAUGAGAUGAAGCAAAUAUAUGGGCACGGAAGAAGGGAAACUAGGAGUUUUGCUGACGAUACUGUGUGGAAGUAGCGGAGGUGAAGAUUGGCUAGAUCAGCAGUACAAGGAGAAACGUCGAUGUCGCUUCAUCUGUAUUGGAGUCACAUUCUUGGUGGCUAUUAUCGUGGCUGCUGCCGUGGUCGUGGUGCUGUAUUUCACCGGGAGAAUACACUUUUAGCACUGAGAGAGUCAAUGGAAGGAAGGAAGGAUGGAUGGAUGGAUGGAUGAAAACGAAGAACGGGCCCGAUCCCUCCGAAACUACUUUUUACGAUACGUAAUGAAAUGAUACGACAAUGAUAAUGGCAUGGCACUUGAGAUGGAAAGGAAUAGAGCUCGAUUCGACAGGCUUGGCGACAUAGCGACUACGAACUUGACCAUGCGACAUCAAAUAUGAACGGUUUUUAUGAAAAAUUACUGUGCUCAUGAAUGGAUAUGCAUGGAUGCAUGAGAAGUUUGAACAGGCGAAUCGAUGGAAAGUUUGAGUAUGUAUGGUUAUAUUUUGAUAUAUCUAUCAUACCGGAGACACAUGGAUCUGGAUCGCAAAUUGUAUUUGUCGCUAUAAAUUCACAAUUGCUGGCUGGGUUCGUCGAUUAUGAUGUUGAUGCUCAAUGUGCUCAAUGUGCUUGAUUUAGAUGGGUACGGAUGGAAUGGGAUAGGAUGGGAAGGUAUGGAAUGGGCUAGAAUGGAGAAAUGCUGAUACUGGCACUGGCACUGGUAUCUGUAUUUAUCUAUACAGACAUACAGACAUUCAUGAUUAGUUCCUUGUACGAGGGAAGAAAUAAAUCAGAUCUGAUCAGAUUAGAUUAGAUCAACUCGAAUCAAAUACAAAAACAUGUUAAAACUU